AUCCCCUAUAGAGUCUGGCUGGAACCAGGACUUGGCCACCCGCCCCCUCCCCAACUUAAAUAGAAGAAAAACCUGACUUCUGAUUCAGAGAAAAUGGUUCAUAGAGACACUAGUCCACUGUCUUCUCCGUCUGUUGGCUUUCCAAAUAAAGUUGCCCAACAACUUGUCUCUCGAUUUAUUGGCCUGUCAAGUGGCAAGCAGCAGGAGCUUGGACUAAGUAACAUGACCUUGGGCCUGACCUGGAGUCCUCUUUGAUACGUUUAGGACAAUGGCAACUGCUUUGCUGGACUGGUGUGAGGAAGAACAUGUAAGUGUAAAGAGUGCAUCCUACCCCAUAAGGAAACACACGGGAAAUUUCUUAAAGCAGAUUCCUGGCCCCUCCUCUGUGUCAUCUUACUAAACUGGGAUUCUUUGGGGAUGGAGCCUAGGAAACUGCAUUUUAAACAAGCAUCCCCAGUGAUUGCUUAGGGUGGUCCAAGGAGAUUUAGGAAAGACUGAAAGGUGGGUUUUGAAGGAGGUGGGACAGACAGUAACUUUCAGAUGUGGCCACAAGGUGGCAACAGAGAGAUGAGAAACGGGGAUCUCUGCAGGUGCCCACCCAGACAGAGCUGCAGGCGGGCAGACACUGGGACUGGCUCUGGGAGGAAGUGGGCCCUGUUCUGUGGCACCAUCUCUUUUGCCAUGUGGAGUUUGUUAUUGCAGGCUAAUCCGCUGUGGCUGCCUGUCUCAUUACCGGAUCUUUAUGGACACUCUGCUUUUGCCAAACUCUGCCGGCGGAAACUGCAUUUGUGUGACCUUGGCUGGGCUAUGGGUAGUGCUGAGUGUAGCAGGCAAGGGGUGUCACCUGUGCAGGGCAGCUGACUCAGAGGACACCAGUGCAGUGUUGAAAGCAGGACCUUCCACACCCCCUCUGCCAGGCAGAGGUGAGGGGAAGAACGAGGAGCUGCGCCUUUACCACUACCUCUUCGACAACUAUGACCCAGGACGCCGGCCAGUGCAGGAGCCCGAGGACACUGUCACCAUCUCCCUCAAAGUCACCCUGACCAACCUCAUCUCCCUGAACGAGAAAGAGGAGACCCUCACCACCAGCGUCUGGAUUGGAAUCGACUGGCAAGAUUACCGACUCAACUACAGCAAGGGCGACUUUGGGGGCGUAGAAACCCUGCGGGUCCCUUCAGAACUCGUAUGGUUGCCAGAGAUUGUGCUGGAAAACAAUAUCGACGGCCAGUUCGGGGUGGCCUACGAGGCCAAUGUGCUGGUCUCCGAGGGCGGCUACGUGAGCUGGUUGCCCCCGGCCAUCUACCGCAGCACCUGCGCCGUGGAGGUCACCUACUUCCCUUUCGACUGGCAGAACUGCUCGCUUGUUUUCCGCUCCCAAACGUACAAUGCCGAAGAGGUGGAGUUUGUCUUUGCGGUGGACGACGAGGGCGAGACCAUCAGCAAGAUCGAUAUCGACACUGAGGCCUAUACCGAGAACGGCGAGUGGGCCAUCGACUUCUGCCCCGGGGUGAUCCGCCGCCACGACGGUGACUCUGCAGGUGGCCCAGGGGAAACUGACGUCAUCUACUCGCUCAUUAUUCGCCGGAAGCCGCUAUUCUACGUUAUUAACAUCAUCGUGCCCUGCGUGCUCAUCUCGGGCCUGGUGCUGCUCGCCUACUUCUUGCCCGCGCAGGCCGGCGGCCAGAAGUGCACCGUUUCCAUCAACGUCCUGCUCGCCCAGACCGUCUUCUUGUUCCUGAUUGCCCAGAAAAUCCCAGAGACAUCUCUGAGCGUGCCGCUGUUGGGCAGGUACCUCAUUUUCGUCAUGGUGGUUGCCACACUCAUUGUCAUGAAUUGCGUCAUCGUGCUCAACGUGUCAUUGCGGACGCCCACCACUCACGCCAUGUCCCCGCGGCUGCGCCACGUGUUGCUGGAGCUGCUGCCACAACUCCUGGGCUCCGGCGCGGCCCCCGAGAUCCCCCGGGCUGCCUCGCCCCCAAGGCGGGCGUCAUCCCUGGGCCUACUGCUCCGCGCGGAGGAGCUGAUACUGAAAAAGCCGCGGAGCGAACUCGUGUUUGAGCAGCAGAGGCACCGGCACAGAACCUGGACCGCUACCCUGUGCCAGAACCUGGGCGCUGCCGCCCCCGAGAUCCGCUGCUGUGUGGAUGCUGUGAACUUCGUGGCUUCGAGCACACGGGACCAGGAGGCCUCUGGCGAGGAGGUGUCCGACUGGGUGCGCAUGGGGAAGGCCCUUGACAACAUCUGCUUCUGGGCCGCUCUGGUCCUCUUCCUCAUGGGCUCCAGCCUCAUCUUCCUCGGGGCCUACUUCAACCGAGUGCCCCAGCUGCCUUACCCGCCGUGUAUGUAGACCUGAGGCCACAGCCACACCGACAAGAAUUUCCACCCAUCUCCAGGAGGAUAUUUGAAAAACACCUUGCUACCACUGCUGUAUUACUAUCCUUUCCCACUGCCAAUGAUAAAUCUGUAUUCAACUUCACAAGAA